AGAGCCUAUCAACUUGAAAUCUCGCCUACAAAGGAGAUAGAAGUUCUGGAGCCAUCUCAACUGACUGAUCCUUACCCUUUGGCAGACUACACAGUUGGGACAAUGAGGCUUAUCACCCUGAAGCGAUAUAUUCACGUUUAAGGAUCUCUAGACAUGGCGAGUGUCACACGGCUCCUGGUGAUUUUAGAAGAGGACAGUUGCAUCAAGCUGGAGCUUCCGAAUGGCAUCCCUGGCUCCGUUGACGAAGUCAUCGAAGAAAUAAAGAAUAUUUCUGGUCUAACUAAUGAAAUACGGCUUCAGUACUACGAUGCUGACUUCAGCAGUUGGGUUAACUUAACUAAAACUUCAGACCUGAAGGAUCUUGCCACUUUGAAGGUUGUUCAACCCCCCCCUGUGACAUUAGUCUUUGAGCCAGUUGACCUCUCUGUGAAUGAGGCCAAUGUUCACAGCCAAGAUGAUGCAAGUAUCUCUUCAUCUGCAUGCUCAGAUGAUACAUUACCUAAUCUCAACUUAAGGCUGGAAAUGCAGAGUAUCAGAGCAACCAGAUCCUAUCCUAGUGAUGCAGACUUGAGUGAAGUGGCACAGGCGCUCACACAGACACACCCCUGUCUGAAAGAACCAGGGUCCUUCAACCACAGUUACGGAUGGAAACAGAGGCUCAAGACGAAGAUGUAUAACUAUCGCACAUACCUAAAAUCACACAGUUCAUCAUCUGACGAGCUGACUGUGAAUUCUGUCAAAAGAAAAUCCCCCACCGACGCCCACCCAGCAAAGAACAUAAAAAAACCCAGGAGAGCCGAGUCUAACCAUUACCCAUCUCUACCUCAUGGCGAGACCCCUGAGUCCAUGGAACAAGAGAGAAUAGCCCUUUUGACUGAAGUAAAGAAAAGGAACAAUGGCAAAACAAUAAGAGCGAAGAUGGCUCAGACGUUCGCAUUUCGGAGGCAAGAAAUUGUCAACAAGAAAGCAUCUUUGGAGGAUAUUAUUGAGAGAUGGCCAGCACUCUUCGAAGUCCAAGAGAUAAAUGCAGAGUUCCACAGAGUAACCACAAUACCCCUUGAAGCAAGGUUCAUGGAGAAACUUGACGAGAAGUGCAUCGAACUGAUUCAGGUUGUCAGAAAGAAGGGUGGAGCAACUCGGGAGAAGACAAAGCUCCUGCCAGUUGUAGAAAAGGAUACUGAUAUCGGUACAAGGAGGGAGAUCGCUCUCAAAUGUCUCAUCAUCAACAUGAGAGAAUCAAUGGAUGAUCUGGUCCAAGAAUUCCUGGUGUCGGAGAAGGAAGAGGCUGAACACAUUCUUCAGGGGGCAACCAUGGCAAUCUACAUCAUCAGAGAUGCACAAGCUGCACCCAAAGACAUUGGCAUUAUACUUGAGGGACAAGAGGUUGUGAACGAGUUGCCGUCUGUCGCAAAUGCUGUCGCCAUUCUCAUGGGACUCCUUUAUGUUCUCAAUAUGGAAUAUCCAAAGACAUUGAAACAGACAUUUGAAUAUAUCCAGAAAGUCCUCAUGGAGCUGGACCCGAAAGGCAUGACCACCAAGGUCAAGAAGCUCUACGACCAGCUAUACAGUACAGCUUAGUUGCAUCGUAACAGUAGCAAGUAAAGUAGCAUUAGUCAGUAGUAGUGUUUGCUUUUGCAGCUGACUAGCUGGCAUACAUAUGUGGUGUGACUAAUUUGAGAGCUGACUGACUGACUAGAGACUUGACUGACUGACUGACUUGAGACUUGACUGACUGACUUGAGACUUGACUGACUGACUGACUUGAGACUUGACUGACUAACUUGAGACUUGACUGACUGACUAACUUGAGACUUGACUGACUGACUGACAUGAGACUUGACUGACUGACUUGAGACUUGACUGACGGAUUUUACAUUUCAGCCAGGUUUGGCAUCUCACUGUUAAUGUCUUGGGAUUGUACACUGUUUGGUUAUAUCAGGAGGAUUUUACAGUUCAGCCAGGUUUGGCAUCUCACCGUUAAUGUCUUGGGAUUGUACACUGUUUGGUUAUAUCAGGAGGAUUUUACAGUUCAGCCAG